AUGGUCAUGUGUUGCACAUGUAUUUCAUUAUACACUAUGGUGAUUUCGAUGCAGUUGGCCCUAACCUUUGAUUCGUCACGGAAAAUCGUUUCUUCAAACGUCUCUGACAUAUGUGACAACAGGUCUGCUUCUCUUGAAGGAACUCUCACAGUUGAGCGUGCCUAUCUGACGAACAAUGCAGUGCCGCUCAUUACACCGCUCAGAGUAUCAACAUAUCUAUAG